AUUCUAUGGUCCUUAGAUUGAGUCAGUAGGUCAUGUCAGCCAGGGGGUAGAGUCUAAGUGGUGAGGAGUGGAACCGUUGUCCGGUUGUGCACCCGACACCAUGGUUGAAACACGUACUGGUAAGAGUACUGCCCCACAGUCGGAAGUUGAACAGACAUGGAUCACCGCCAUCCUAAGAGAGAGAAAGGACAAGGAGCUCCUCAAACAGGCGAAGUUGAAGGCGAUAGCUGAGGAGCAGGCGGCGAAGAAGAAGAAAUUGGACGAGGAGAUGAUAAGAUUACAGCAGGAGGAGGAAGAGAAAAAGAGGGCUGCCGAAGAGGAAGCAGCAGCGGAGGAGGAAGAAGUAGAAGAAGAACCACUCGAAAGGUCGCGUAGGGAAGAAACGGGGGAAAGCAGUGGGACGAAAGCAGAAGAUCAGUGGAUGGAGAAGAAGAUCAGUGAAUGGGUGGCAAAUUUAUCAUUGGGGGAAGAUGAAGAGGCAAUGUUGUAUGUGCCGCAGGAGGAGAAAGAAGCAAUAGCCAGGCAGUUGCAAGCUACGGAAGAUCCCCUGGAUCGCCAGACACUAGAGGAUGAAAAAAGAUUGGAGUGGAAAUUGCAUCUGGCAAGGGAGAAGAGGAGGGAGGAGGCCAACCGGAUGACCAAGGAAGUGGAGAAGGUUCAAUUGUGUAGGCAGGAGGUGCAUGCGCAACAGGAAACCCCGGCCAAAUUAGACAAGACUCUAAGUUGUCUUGAGAUUUUGAGUCAGGCCUGGCUUGAACAACAUCAGGCCAAUAAGGGUCAAGAAGUGGCCCUCCAUGCCAUCCGGACUGGGUUUAGAGAAUUUGUUGCGCGGGACGUGGUGACCCACGUCGGGACCGAAGUGAAGAGGUUGAAGGAAAGCGCAACCAAGUUUUGUGCAGGCGGCAUUGAAGGCACCAAAGUAGUGGCCACAACAGAGGCUGAAGCGCGUCCCCGCAAGAAGCCUGUAAAGCUCAAGUUUCCAGAUGCAUAUGGCGGAAAAGCUGAAGAAAAUUUCGAUAACUGGGAGGCUAGCGUUAAUAGUUAUGUGUAUUUACAGCACAUUGCACCUGAGGAGCAGGUCCUAGUAGCCUUCCACGCUUUAAAGGAUGAUGCGGCUACCUUCCCUAGGUCCCUAGCGUGCGCAGCCAGUUGUGAGAACAACAUGGUUGCUUAUUCUAAAGUCACCUCCCUUCCCCAUUUCUUCAAGCUCCUCCGAGAGCGAUUUGCUGAUCUGAGGCGUGGUGUUAAAGCCUAAGUCAAACUCCAGACCAUCCACUCACGACAGUGGAGGAGUGCGCGAGCACUCAAAGCCGUUAUGGACGACU